AUGUCUCAACUUGAGGGACCGAUUGCCGAGCUGGAGGAAGAGCUCUUAAAUUCUGUUGUUCUGCCCCCGCAGAUGACUCCAAUUCAGACUGACUGGGUGUUACAUACCACAACCAUCGCUGGUGACUUUGUGCACCAGCUGUUUGCUUUCCACGUUGGUCGCCAGCAACAGUCGGUCUUGCCUCCGCUCACAUUGGAUGUGCCAACCAUGCUUGCAUGUCAGCAGUUGGCCCGAGUUCUUGCUGAUGCAUAUUUACACCCAAUUCACCUUAAUCUUGAUAUGAUUCAUUACAACGAGGCCCUCAACAAACGCUCUACCGGCCGGAUCACAAAACAUGAAGAGGCUCUGUCUAAAAAGUUCCCUCAUAGUUCUCAACAGUUGCUUGACAAGCCCUCGGUUUUGGUGGAUUCUGGUGGCCGGAUUAUCCUAUGGUACCUACCAGACGCUAUUAGCCUCUGGAUACAAGCCGAGAUGGAAGAAGCCACCAUCGGCAUGGGUCAUCUCCUCAAGACAAGCAUGACCAGUGGAGAAGAGACCCAUUGGCGAACAUACGCUGGGUAUUUUCAUAAGAGUGACCGGCGCCCGCUGACUCCCGGAUGCAUCAACAUGGCUCCUUGCUGGUUCCAGCAAGGCCGAGAGCCAUAUGGUUUUCCACCCACCGGUGCAUUCGCUCCUGAGGUGUCAGCGCUCGGCGCUCCUGGCCUCUGCGGCUCUGCGGGUGAUGCAUCCAGAGUUAUAUUGGGCUUCGGUUAA